AUGCCCACCACUCAAUGGCCUCUCCUCCCCACCUUCUCCAUCACCCAGCCCGGUGACGAGCCCGGUCCCAUGCUCCCCCAACCCCGACCCUUCCUCCGCCGCAUCAUCCGAAGCAUCACACAUCCCCUUCCUCAACCCACCCCCCUACCCCCAACCCACAUCACCGACCUCCACAUCCACGACCCCAGCAUCAUCCACGACGCAACCACAAACACCUACUACGCAUACGGCUCCGGGCCCCGCAUCCCCAUCCACACCGCACCGUCGCUCUCCGGCCCGUGGACCCUCGCCGGCACCGUCCUCUCCCACGACAGCAAGCUGCCUCGAGGCGACACCAAAGCGCCCUGGGCGCCCACCACCAUCUCCCUCAACGGAGUCUACUACUGCUUCUACGCCACCAGCAACAGCGGCUGCCGGAACAGCGCCCUCGGCGUCGCGACCUCCUCGCACCCGGGCCCAGACCUAAACUCCGGCCCCAGCACAUGGACCGACCACGGCGCCCUCCCGCUCGGCAUCUCCGGCAUAGGGAUAACAACCUACCCCUUCGACCGCGCCAACGCCAUCGACAUCAGCGUGGUCAUCGACCACACGACCGACGGCACGGCGUACAUGUCCUUCGGGAGUUUCUGGACGGGCAUCUGGCAGAUCCCGCUGACGGGGGACUUUUUGGGGGCUGAUCCGCGGGUUGAAGAGGUGCGGCAUCUCGCGUUCGAGCCGACCGCCGUGCAUCCGCCAGCCAAGAAGGCGGAUGGCGUGUGUGGCGAUGCUACCGGGAUGCAUCCGAUUGAGGGGGCGUUUGUCUCGUUUCGCGAUCCGUGGUGGUAUCUCUGGUUUAGUUGGGGGAAGUGUUGCCAUUUUGAUCCGGAGAGGUUGCCGAGGGAGGGGAUGGAAUACAGCAUCCGCCUCGGCCGCUCGCUCUCCCCGCGCGGCCCCUUCCACGACAAACGAGGAAGAGAUCUGCUCAACGGCGGCGGAGAAACCAUCUACGCGUCCAACGACGAUGUCUAUGCGCCGGGCGGACAGGGCGUGUUGGCUGAUGAGGGGGGGAUGUACUUUAUUAUCAUUAUUGUGAUGAACAAAUCAAUCGGAUAUGGGUUUCAUGACGCGCGACUGGGCUUCAAUCCCCUAGUCUACGUUGACGGGUGGCCUGUUGCGCAAUGA